GUGCCUGCAACAACCUUGCAGUCCUUGGCGAACACCGUCUCCAUCGAGCAGCCUUCCAGCCUGGGGCCGCAAAGAAGCACUGAUGCGACAGCCAAUGCAUUUAGAACAGCGAGCAGGUUCGUGAAAAGGUGGGGCUUACAAUGGAAGAUUCCGAUAUCGACUUACGAGCAUAGCGACGAUGUUCACAUCCCCUUCCUGGCUCCACGCGAUAUACUUUCACACAUGAUAGGCAAGUGCCCUGAGCUUCUUUUCGGAGGAUACAAAACACGAGACAAAAUUCGUGAACUGCUUUCCAACUUCUGGUGCUCAUACAGGGCUUGGCAUCCGAGCCACGAGGUUUUUCGAGAGGCCCGCGACGGCGAUUUGAACCUUCAUUACACGCUGCCUAUCCUGAUCCACGGAGACGAAGGCCGUGGAGUUCGCAAAGGGAACGUCGCUGUUUGUUCAAUGGAAACUCCAUUUGGCCUGGCAACCCACACUGAAGAUCGUUCUUGCGAGUGGCCAUGCUGUGAUCCGAACAACAAGGACACAACACCAUGUGCCUGGCAGACUGUCAACCUGCAGUUUCACUCCUUCCUUACGAAGUACCUCCUCUUUUUGAUGCCCAACAAGAUAUACAAGCAAGAGGGGGUGCUUGCCGGACUGCUCCGUGCUGUAUUUCUACAACUUCGUUGUCUCUUCUUCGAAGGGAUUCAGAUUGGUCAACAGAUUUGGCACGUGGCUGUCAUAGGCUGCAAAGGUGACAUGGCCUGGUUUCUGAAGCUGGCGGAUUUGGAUCGCAGUUUUGCACGGCUCAGCAAAAAGCAAGAUCAGAUGUGCUGUCACGAAUGCCUCGCAGGCUGUACUGCGAUGCCCUUCGAAGACCUGUCAGAUGAUCCUGGUUGGGCCCCAUCCGUGUACACUCAGCGACCCUGGCUUCAGGAGCCUGCUAGUGGACUGUGUCUCAUUCCAUAUGAUGUCGCUUGCCCUGAAUCCAUCCUUCGACGGGACAUCUUUCAUAAUCUGAAGGUGGGGGUCCUUCAGGACUUCAUCGCUGGGUCCCUAGUAGUGAUAGCAAACUUCGGUUAUUUCCAUGAAGGCGCGAACCACAUCAACAACUCCAUCGUCACCGUUCUUUCCAGGAUGCAUGGACACUUCAAGUUGUGGUGUGCUGCCAUGGGCAAGUCCCCAAGCUUGCAGGGCUUCACGAAACAGUUUCUCAACAUCCCAACAAAGAAACAUUAUGGUUGGAGCAAAUCUAAAGGAAAUGAUUCAGUUCUGCUUGUGCAGUGGCUUUUGGUCCUGACGAAAGCUUGUGAGCGAGACCUGCGACGGGAAGAUGAUCGCGGUAUGCUGGAGGCCAUCUACACAGCAGCAAGUGCUGCAAAUGACUGGCUCAAGCAUAUGUAUGCUCAUUCCCUGUGGUGGUCGCAAGACUGUGCAAAGAAAAGUUUGGAGCUUGGAACUAAGUUCAUUCGAACAUACGGUUUCUUGGCCUACACAAGCCUUCACAAGUACAAACUUUCCACGUAUGCAAUCAAGCCGAAGUUACAUAUGCUGCACCACAGCACCCACUCGCUUCGAUGCGAUUUGCGACGAAAUCUGAAACAGAUACCUUCGCUACUUCUUUCCAACUGUGAGAUGAAUGAGGACUUUAUUGGAAGGAUUUGCCGCACGGCAAGAAAAAUGCACCAGCGGAAUGUAUGCCAGCGAGUGCUGGAAAUGUACUUGAUCAAAGGCUAUGCUUUACACAAGCGGUUCUUGAAAGGCCCAGGUCUGCAUGCUCGCAAAAAGCGAAAGCACAGCUGA